AACCAACCACUCCCUGCAAGUCCCGUCUCCCUCUCCAAUCCAUCACUUUCGAUUCAUUGUCGGAGACUCGCUCUGGAUGAAAUAAACGCACAACGGCACUAAAGCAACAGACCUGGCGGUCCAGUCCUCAUAACGCUUCCUCCGAGUCCAGUGUUUUUAACAUCCACACCGGGAAAUUACAAGUUCUGUUAGCAGGAGGAGACCAACAACUGAAACCAAGAGGCAAGGCUGAAAGGGGAGCGGAUUGGGAAUCGCAAGCAGCGGAGCAGAAUGGAAGAAAGAGCAGAGCGGAGGAUGUUAUGAGCGGGAGAUAUGUCCAAGAUGGAGGUGAAAACGUCACUUCUCGACAAUAUGAUUGGGGUGGGUGACAUGGUGUUACUGGAGCCCCUAACUGAAAAGUCUUUCAUAGAGAACCUGAGGAAAAGAUUCAACCACAACGAGAUAUACACCUACAUUGGCAGUGUGGUGAUCUCCAUCAACCCCUAUAGAUCUCUGCCCAUCUACACUCCAGAUAAGGUGGAGGAGUACCGCAACAGGAACUUCUAUGAGCUCAGCCCUCACAUUUAUGCCUUGGCAGAUGAAGCCUACCGAUCCUUACGGGACCAGGACAAGGACCAGUGUAUCCUCAUCACAGGGGAGAGUGGGGCCGGGAAGACAGAGGCGAGUAAGCUGGUCAUGUCCUAUGUUGCUGCAGUGUGUGGGAAGGGAGCAGAGGUGAACCAAGUCAAGGAGCAGCUCCUCCAGUCAAACCCGGUGCUUGAGGCUUUUGGAAACGCGAAGACCGUGAGGAACGACAACUCGUCUCGCUUUGGAAAAUACAUGGAUAUUGAAUUUGAUUUCAAAGGAGACCCGCUGGGCGGAGUUAUCAGCAACUAUCUUCUAGAGAAGUCCCGUGUCGUCAAACAGCCGAGAGGGGAGAGGAACUUCCACAUCUUCUAUCAGCUUCUGUCUGGGGCAUCAGAGGACAUGCUGAAGAAACUGAAGCUGGAGCGGGACUUCAGCAAGUACAACUACCUGAGCCUGGACUCUGCCACAGUGACCGGGGUGGAUGACGCGUCCUGCUUCCGAACAGUGAAGAACGCCAUGCAGAUCGUUGGCUUCAUGGACGACGAGACGCAGUCUGUGCUGGAGUUGGUGGGAGCCGUGCUCAAACUGGGGAACAUCGAGUUCAAACCGGAGUCGCGAGUCAACGAGGUGGAUGAGAGCCGCGUCAAGGAUAAAAACGAGCUGAAGGAGAUCUGUGAGCUGCUGGGGAUUGAUCAGUCUGUCCUGGAGAGAGCGUUCAGUUUCCGCACUGUGGAGGCCAAACAGGAGAAGGUUUCCACUACUCUCAACGUGGCCCAGGCAUAUUAUGCCCGAGAUGCCUUGGCUAAAAACCUGUACAGCCGUCUCUUCACCUGGCUCGUAAACCGAAUCAACGAAAGCAUUAAGGCACAGACGAAAAAGAGAAAGAAGGUCAUGGGGGUUCUGGACAUUUAUGGAUUUGAAAUUUUCGAGAGUGGCGAAAACAGUUUCGAGCAGUUCAUCAUUAACUACUGCAACGAAAAACUCCAGCAGAUCUUCAUAGAACUUACGCUGAAGGAGGAACAGGAGGAAUACAUCCGAGAGGGUAUUGAAUGGACGCACAUUGAGUAUUUCAACAAUUCUGUCAUCUGUGACCUGAUUGAAAAUAACACCAACGGCAUCAUGGCCAUGCUGGACGAGGAGUGUCUGCGCCCCGGGACCGUCACGGACUCCACCUUCCUGGAGAAGCUCAAUCAGAUCUGCGCGGACCACCAGCACUUUGAGAGCCGCAUGAGCAAGAGCUCCAAGUUCCUCAACGACCACAGCCUGCCCCACAACUGCUUCCGCAUCCAGCACUACGCCGGCAAGGUGCUGUACCACGUGGACGGCUUCGUGGAUAAGAAUAACGACCUCCUGUACCGGGACCUCUCCCAGGCCAUGUGGAAAGCCAAUCACAGCCUCAUUAAGAGCCUCUUCCCCGACGGAAACCCCGCCAAGAUCAACCUCAAGAGACCCCCCACCGCCGGCUCCCAGUUCAAGGCCUCGGUGGCAACGCUCAUGAAGAACCUGCAGACCAAAAACCCAAACUACAUCAGGUGCAUCAAGCCCAACGACCAGAAGGCGUCCCACAUCUUCACAGAUUCGCUGGUGUGCCACCAGGUGCGUUACCUGGGCCUGAUGGAGAACGUGAGGGUGAGGAGGGCGGGCUAUGCUUUCCGCCAGCCCUACGAGGCCUGCCUGGAGCGCUACAAGAUGCUGUGCAAACAGACCUGGCCACAUUGGAGGGGGCAAGCCAGGGAUGGUGUGGAGGUGCUCCUCAAAGACCUUCAGAUCCCAGCAGAGGAGUACUCCUACGGCAGGUCAAAGAUAUUCAUAAGAAAUCCCAGAACGCUCUUUUCCCUGGAGGAACAGAGGAAGCGGCGCCUGCACGGGCUCGCCACACUCAUCCAGAAGAUCUUCCGCGGCUGGAAGGCCCGCACCCACUUCCUGCUGAUGAAGAGCAGCCAGGUCACUGUCGCUGCCUGGUACCGCAGAUAUGCGCAACAAAAGAAGUACAAGAAAACAAAGAGCUCUGCGGUCAUCGUCCAGUCUUUCAUUCGAGGCUGGAAGGCUCGCAAGAUCCUGCGGGAACUGAAGUACCAGAAGCGGUGCAAGGAGGCUGUGACGACUAUCGGAGCAUACUGGCACGGAACUCAGGCACGGAGGGAACUGAGGUGUCUGAAGGAGGAAGCCAGGAAUAGACGCGCAGUCACUGUUAUUUGGGCUUCCUGGCAGGGAACGAAGGCACGGAGGGAACUGAGGUGUCUGAAGGAGGAAGCCAGGAAUAGACGCGCAGUCACUGUUAUUUGGGCUUCCUGGCAGGGGACAAAGGCCCGCAGGGAGCUGAAACGCCUAAAGGAAGAAGCCAGGUGUAAACACGCAGUCGAUGUCAUUUGGGCUUAUUGGCUUGGACUGAAGGUGCGUCGGGAGUACAGGAAGUUCUUCCGGGCCCAUGCUGGCAAGAGGAUCUACGAGUUUACUAUCCAGAGAAUCAUUCAGAAGUACUUCCUGGAGCUAAAGAAUAAGAUGCCCUCGAUGUCCCCCUGCGACAAGACCUGGCCAGCUAGACCCUACCUCUUCCUGGACUCCACCCAUAAGGAGCUGAGGAGAAUCUUCCACCUCUGGACGUGCAAGAAAUACAGGGGCCAGUUCACAGACCAGAAGAAGGCAAUUUACAAGGAGAAGCUGGAGGCUAGCGAGAUCUUUAAGGACAAGAAGGCCUUGUACCCCAGCAGCGUCGGUCAGCCGUUCCAAGGGGACUACCUGGAAAUCAACAAAAACCCCAGAUACCAGAAACUCAACAGCCUGGUGGAGGAGAAGAUUAUCUUUGCAGACAUUGUGAACAAAAUCAACAGGGCCAAUGGCAAGGGAGCUCAGCGAAUCUUCCUGCUGACCAAGAACAAAUUCAUGCUGGCUGACCAGAAGUCGGGUCAUCAGGUCAAGUCCAUUGUACCCCUGGCUGAGCUCACCAGUGUCUCCAUGAGCGCGCAGAGUGAUGGGUUCUUUGCUCUGCGGGUCAAAGAGGGGACGACAGCCGCUGCCAAGGGGGAUUUCUUACUGAACAGUGAGCGGAUAAUUGAGAUCAUCACCAAACUGCACCGGGCAGGACUCGACCUGACCAAGGAGAAGAUUCAAAUCGAGAUCACGGAUGAGUUCCUGGUCCAGUUCAAGCAGGACAAAGUGUGCGUGAAGUUCAUCCAGAGCAACCCCAAGAAUGGCACCAUGGCCUCCUGCAAACGGAAGAACAAUCGGCUGCUGGAGGUGACCGUGCCGUCGCCAUAGCCUUCUGGGGGGCCGCCACUCGGGGGCUGUUUUUCCUAAUUACUGUGCAAUUUUGUUUUUUGUUUUUUUUAAUUUCUUAUUUUUAUGUGGGCUGACGUUCGAAGAAGAAACUGCACCAAGGCUUGAAGAUGAGGAAUGACUAUUUAACAAAAGAAAAGAAAGUUUUGCUUGGCUGACUGCUGUCCGGUUUCAUUUUCCAGGUGUUUUUGCUCAGUUUGUUUCAAGCUUCCUUGAAAUGUUAAAAAAAAAAAAAAAAAAAGUUGAAGGAGGGGUGAAAGGGGGCUGUUGUCUAAACCUUUUACCUCUACUUUGAAAGAGACAGGAUAUACACUGAGUUAGGCUUAACGCUCCUAAUUCAGUAUCCAGUCUACCUCUUCCUGGGGUGGAAAUAAGCCUUGUGUUGCUUAACAAUAAUCUAUACCUGGUUUUACUAUAAGCUUAAGACGUACCUGCGCUUGUUAGAUAUACGCUGGCUAGUCAAGCUUGUACUAAAACCUGGAGUGGGUGAAACUGUUGUGCAAUGGGAGUCUUAUUUCCACCCAUUCUUCAUUGAUCAUGCACGCUAAAACGUUUUGGCUCUGCACAAUCAGUAUUCUUUCAGAAUAAAUCCAUGUCCCAGAAAUGUAAAAAAAUGGAAAUACACAAGGUGUUAAAAAUGACUUUUGUUUAGAAAAUGCUUAGGAAGAUUACACAGUGUUUAGGUAAAAUAUUCCCUUGAAUGUCAGGCUUUUGCCUGUUGAGCGCACUGAGAGAUGCAUAGUCACUCUCUCUGUGUGUGUGUGUGUGUGUGUGUGUGUGUGUGUGU